AGUUGUCAAAAGUGUCCUUCGAAGCGUUGACCACAAAACAUGUUCUAUGGUAUUAAAUUGAAUAUCAAUUGUUGAGAGGAAUGUUAUUAUCAAACAUUAAUUUAUGAUAUUUAAAAAAAUGUCUCAAGAUACUGUUCCCUCACUAAGUCAAUACUUCGGUGCAACUGGAAACAAAGAGGACCAAAUCGAUUUUUCCCAGGAUCUCAUUGAAGCCAAGAGUCAAAUUAGUACUCAUUCAAAUGUGGAAGACAAUAAGAAAAGUAAUAAAAUUGAACCAGAAGUUUGUAGGAUAUUUUCAGAAACGCCUUCGCAAUCAAAGGAUCCAACUGAAGCUUUUUUUGAUUUAAUUGGUAGUAGUAAUCAUAUUACUCAUAAUAAAGUUAUUUCAGAUUUAGGCCUACCUUCUACUGAAGAAACUUACAGUAGCUCACGACUUGUGGUAGGUAAUGAAACUGAUAGAAGACGGGAUGCUUGGAUACCUUCAGAAAAUACUAGACAAUGUUUAAUAGCAGCAGCUACUGCUUCACCUGGAACAUAUUUUCCUCAAAGAGAAACGCUUACUAUGCCUGGGGUUCUUCUUGAGGAAGAAUUAGAAGAUGCUGUAGGUCAGGCUGUCUCAAUGUGUCUUGGAGAAGCAGAGGCUGCACAAAGAAGAGUUUUAAGUGCUAAUGAUGUAACUCAAGAUGAAAGAGGUUUAAGAGAGUUAGUACAAGCAGGGGCAUACAGAGCUGCAAUUAAUUUGACUUCGAGGCUUUUGACUAUAUAUGGACAAGGUCGGGGCAGAGCAGGACAACCCAGUAAGCAUUCUCCCCAUUCUUUGCAGCUGUGGUUUACAAGAAUUGCAUUAUUGGUUAAAACUAAGGCUUUUAAUAUUGCUAGUGCUGAAGCUGAGCCCUUUGGAAAUGUAGAUAAGCCAGAUAUGUAUUUUCAAUUUUAUCCUGAAAUGUAUGGUGGAAGACUAGGUUCGAUGGCUUCUUUUUCUUUUCGUUUGCUACUUGCAGAAUUGCCUAUGCAUUGCGGAAAAGCUAAAGAAUCAAUAACAAGGUUAUUCAAAGUUUUGGCAACAGUUAGGCAAAUCAUUUCCAACUUGAAACGUGGUCAUUGUGAAGAUGGAAAUCCAAUGGAGCUAACAGAUAGUGAUAAAAGGGAUUCUCUGAGGCUGUGGAACGGCAGGGAGGUCAGAGUAAUGCACUCAAUUAUAAAUAGUUCUCUAGCAGUUAAAGAAUAUGAACUUGCAAUGGAUUUAUUGGGUCAACUUUGUGAAAGAGAUGGAGCUCCUAGACCUGCUUUACUUUCUGCAUUGGGUAGAUUACAUUUACAAAUGGGUAACAUACCUGGUGCAGAAGUAUGUUUCAAAGAAGCUGCUGAAAUAAAAGGUGGGCAUAAAGGCGUUAGGGAAUUGGUCGAUAAAGGUCUACUUUCUAUAGCACAAAGUGCUUUUGAUGAGGCAUAUUUAUGUUUUCAAGAAGCAAGUGUUCUAGAACCAUCUAAUGUUAUGAUUUUAAAUAAUAUGGGUGUUUGUCUAUUAUAUGGGGGACAUUUAAAAGAAGCUAUUCAGGCUUUGGAAACGGCAAUAGCUUCCAACCCAGUCCAUGCCUUAAAUGAAUCGUUAUUAUUGAAUUUAUGUACUUUAUAUGAUAUGGAAUCAUCGAAAGGAAGAAUGAAGAAAUUCGCGCUCUUAAGACAGAUAUCUAGGUACCAAGCGGACGCCCCGACAAUGAUUUUGGAAAAACUCUAUGGCUGAAUUGAAACCUUAGUAUUAGUUUAUGGUUUUUCAUUUCUGUGAUUAUUUUUGAAAUAAUGGCAUUCACGCAGUGAUACAGUCCUUGUUAAAAUACUUUAUUUGUGUUAAGUUUUUAAAUAUUUAUAAUCCAAACAUCACCCAACAGUAACUUAUUGUACAUGUUUAAUAUGUUAUAUGUCCACUAAACAUUUCGUCCUUGUUUAUUUGUUUUUAUUUUGUUCUCAGAAAUAUUUUGUGGCUCAAGACACUGUCAGGGCUGAUUCAAAUAUAUACAUCUCUAUUAAGCCGGAACAAAAUUGUUUUAAGUCACAACUUCAUCAUGGCUGUGUGUUCUGUGAUUAGGUUACAUACAAGUCUUCUCUAAAAUUCAAAACUCUCAGAUCUUAAUCUAAAUACAUUUGCUUUACUUUUGAAUUAUUACCUGAAUCAAAAUCUGUCCCGUAGAAGACUUGAUAUCUAUAAGUAUCCCCACAAAAAAAAUUACAAUGUAAAAUGUACCGAAAACAAUGUUAAGUAUUUUGACAUAAUAUCGUGGGCUUAGUACAACAACUGGUAUCUAGAAAAAUAAUUUUCUUGGAAAUCUUGGUGAGAAAAAAAUCAGUACAGUAAUUUUUAUGUUAAUAAGAAUUUCUUCCCGACGUUUUUAUGAUUUUGAAGUCAAAAUAAGAAAACUAGUCACCCCCAGAACCAGACUCUUCAAGUUUUUGGUCACGUGAGUUUUAUUUUUGGUAUUUUCUUUAUGAGGAAUAUUCUAAUAAUAUGGUUGCUUUUCCAAACUUAUUGCUGGAGGGACAGAUGUAAAAAGAGAAUUUAAAUCGUUUGAUGUUGGCAAUGAUUUCACAUACACUUUUUUUUCGAUCAGUCUAAAAUUGCUGUUGUUCCAAUAUUUUUGUAAAUCUCAUCCACUUUAUAUUAAGCCUUUUGACUUACCUCAUUGUCAUUAGUGUCAGAAGUCCUUUUCAUUAAAAUAUUAUUUUUUAGCAAUUUGGAAAAUGCUAAGAAUUCUUAUUUUGCCUUUCAGUAUCUGAAUAAAUUGAGACCAGUCAUGUGGAAUCAUAAUUUUGUUUUUUGGAUUGUUCACAAUUCUUGCUUAAUCAAUGUUACAUUCCAAAGGGGUGUGUCCAGGAAGCAGAAAUUUCUGGUUUUCUGAAUAGCAUAAAAAACAUUAUUAAUAUUUCGGUUGUAUCAGAAGAUGUGAACGAUAUAGGACAAACUUUUAAUUUUUUUAAAUACACAGGAAACAAUUUGAUUAGAACCUUGAUGCUGUAUGAAACAGUUUUAAGUAUCAGUGGAAAUACUUCAGUCCCUAAGGAUUGUAUUGUAUACAGAUAAACCAUGUUUUAUUUUGGUUAAUGUUUUUGAUUCUGAAAUAAAACAACAUAUCUUGUUUUGCCAGCUGUUUUCUGGUACUACAGCUCAGGAAUUGGUCUUGUAUGGACAUCAAAUAUUACUAUUACCGCAAAUUCCCUUGUCGAGUGUUGAGGUUGGGGGCAAUAUGUCCUGGCAUAAUCACGUGGCCCGCUUUAGCAAAGGUAGCAUCACAAAUUUUGGAGCUCUCUUCAAGAUCAAAAAGCUAUAUAAUCCGCAACAGCUUCAAAUCCUUUCAUGGCUCAGAUUCGUCUAUCUUUGGAAUAUUACUUGCACAUUUGGAGCUCAGAUCCUAAGCAUACGCUGAGGAUGCUCAACUCAAUACAGACGUGAGCGAUCCAGAAUUGUUCAGAAACUCGGGACAACGUUUCGUUAGAGCAUAGAAGAAAGGUUAUUUUGCUUAAAGUUUUUGAUGUCACACUAAAAUAAAAAUCAUGGUGGAACACUAAUUUUUCUUUCUGAUUUGAAAAUUCGGGCCGUUUUUCUUUAACUGCUUCAUCCAGUUUCAUUAAUUGUUGACAGUAAACAUCAGAAUUUAUCGUUUGGUUCCUAGGAAGCAGCUCAAAAAGCACAAUAUCACUAAACUGACAGCAUGAGCUUUAUUUGUUGUUUUUCAGCUUUCGAUGUAGUUUGUGUUGGUUCCUGGUGUUUGCUCCAUGAUCAUUUUCGAACUAUGUUACUGUACAGGACCCAUUUUUCAUCAUCAGUGAUGAUUCUUUUUAAGAAAGGAUUGUUUUCAUUUCGUUUAAGGUGCAUAUUGCAUUUGUUGAUUUUUUGUGCUAAACGAAUUUCUUUCAAUUCGUGAGGCAUCCAAAUAUCAAACUUCUUAACUUGCCCAAAACAUUUAAGUGUUUUUCAAUUGUUGUGUGCCUCUUCGCAAACCCCUUGAACAGUUAUAUGACGAUCCUCUUCAAUUAUGACUUUAAUUUGGUCAUCAUCAACUUCAGUAGGUCGGCCAGAACGUUGCUCAUCUUUGAGGGAAAAAUCUCCAGAAUGGAAUUUUUGAUACCAAUUCUGACACUUGCGUUUUGUUAAGCAAUCUACACCAUAAACUUCACGUAUUUCUUUGUGAACCUCAUUUCCUUUAUGGAAAUAAACUCCAUUUAAAAUUAACCCACAACUAAUAAAAACCACGCACUACUUGCUUCUAAAGCAAAGCUCUCUAUCAGUAAAAAGCGAAAGUACUAGUCUCCAACCUUGCACUGGACUUGAAAACAUAAUUAUAGUUCACCAGAAGAAAAAAUUUAUUAUCUAUAGGUAACUAUUACAAUUAAGAAUAAUCCAUUUUUAUUAAAUAUUCAAACACAUUCUAGCUUUUCAUUUUCUCACCCCAAAUGAUUGUUUGUUUCUUGUAUUGUUAAUUUGCAUAUCUCGUAUAUACUUUUCAGUUUCUUCUUCAUUACAUACUAAACUAAAUAUAUACAUAUUGGACAGACAGGUAGCUUACAAUAAAUAAAAUUUUCCCAGUCA